GACGCCGUUGCUCGUCGGCUGUCUGUCGGCCGUGACGCAUUCUCAGCAGCGUCCAAACAAAGGAAGGAGUACAACACAAUAAGCACAAAAGAAAAAGAUAUAUUUCUUUUUCGCGGGGAAAAGAAUUUUUGUAGAAUUCAGUGAGUUCGCGGGUGUGUUGUAACAGUGAUUGUUCGAGAGAGGGAUUAUAUCGUGAAUUAAUGAGUCCCAAUGGGUGGGUAAUUCGGGAUAGAAAUAAUGUAAUAUGAUAAGGAGUGAAGCGACGGGCCUGUGUGUCCGUGGCAAGGAUUAGGAUAAUGCACAAAGCGUUGGGAGGAUCAUCGAGAAUUAUUCGGCUAUUUUUACUGAUUUUGGGAUCAUGGCUUGUCCUCGGAAUGCCGGCCCGAGGGGACCCGGACCCCCCAGAAUUCACAACAAUGGAGGAUAUGACCGGACGCGGAUCGAAGAAAUUUGGGGAUGAGUGCAGGGAGGAUCGGGAGUGCGGAUUCGCCGGUUCCUUCUGCGAUCCGAGGAACCGGAAGUGCUUCUGCCGAGAGGAGUUCAGCGCUACUAAUCACAUCGAUAAAUGCGGACAUCCUGUCAAUGUCAACGAAUCAUGUUUCUUCACUGAACAAUGUGAACUCAAGGUACCGCAGACAGAAUGCAGGGAUGGAAGAUGCAUCUGCAUCUUCCAGAAGAUUCCCGUAAUGCAGCCCAACGGAAUCAUCGAAUGUCUGGCUGAAGUGAAGGAAGAGGAAAACCUUCGGUAUGUGGAUCCAGCUAUGAUCGGUAUUCUGGUUGCAAUGGCACUGAUGUUCGUCAUCAUCUGCGUUGUCCUUCGACUUUUUAGCAAGGCCCGUUGGCGUGAGAACCGAACAAUCUUCAACACCCCGAACGCCCGUUUGAUGAAUGUAUCCCUUCUUCGUGACAACAACAAGCUGCUGCAUGCCCAGGAGAGACGAGGCUCGCGAGCAAGUCAACGGGGUCCAUCCCGUCAGCCCUCGAUGGCAUCCCUCCGAGCCCACUCGCCCAACGGCUCGCAGCAAGGUGCGAAAAAUCCCCAGCGAGUCAACAGUACGGGGUCUCGUACAGGUUCACGUCGUGGAAGUCGUGGCAGCAGUGGCAAUACAUCAGCUGUAUCAGCACCUGGCACGAGGCCAAACAAGUCACCACCGAAUAACACAACUGGUCUUGCUGAUACUGUUCACGAGAAUAUUACUGUGGAAAUAACUGAAGCUAAAGCGUAAAUCAAUCCAUUUUCCGACGCACAUUUUUGAAAAUAGGGGAAUCCCACUGUGUUGGGUGGAUUUAUUGGGGCUCCACUAGGGUCCAGAGACGAGUUAUUACGCAGAAUUCUACAACAUUUCAUGAUAAUUAGUGAAACGUAACAGAUCAAUCAUUUUUUUUUUAAAUAUCGAAAUAUUUUCAGAAAAAGUCGUUUCAGGAGAAAAAUUUUAAAAAUUUUUGUUGGAAAUUUACGCAGUUCUCUCCAUAAAUUGCGAAUCCGUUCAUUUUUCCACCAAAUUAAUCAUCAAAAAAAUGUUCUAAUGAACAUUUCAGAUAACUUUCUCGAAAUAAGUUUAAACUUCUAAACCAAAGUAUUAGAAUAAACAAUCAGCUGUUGAGAUUCGUAACUUCACGUGUGAAAUGAAGUGAUUAUGCAAUUGAAAAAUGAAAAAAUAAGAAACAUGUGAAUGGGACCACACGAAGCAGUUUCGAAUCACUGAAAAUGCAGAAUGAGGAGUUGAAAAUUCUCUUGAAAGCCACUUGAUACAUCUCUUUACCUUGAUAAUUAUCACGUAAUCAAAUUUGCACAAGUAGCUAGAUUAAUUAGACCACGAAUGCUCCCUUCGCUAUAAAAAUAAUCACGAUUAAUAAAUUACGGAGAUAUAAUAGGAGAUAAUCACAACUAAAGUCCUCUUAUUUAUAACUAAAACUAUGAAACUACCUGAAUCAGCAGAAAAUCUAUCAAAGUAUCUAGAUUAAAUUGAGGUAGAGAAUUUUGUCGAAUGGACGAUAAAAUUAUAAUACAGUAUACACGACUAAUCGUAGAUAAAUAAUUCAUGAAACUCUGCAAAUUUAGUGCCUAUGCUGUCGCAUAAAUAAUCAUUAACGAUUAAAAAUUAAAAUACGAGUAUAAAGAGAUCUUAAAUGAAAAACGAUGCUUUCAGCUGAGGAUUGUCUCUGAAUUAAUUGAGAUUAAAAAAGUAUUAAUACUUCAAGAGAAAAAUUAAAGGGAUAAAACUGCUAAAAAAAUCAUUGAGAGUAAUAAAUAACGAAAAAGCCUAGCGACUGUGCUGUUCUGUGAUUGUACAAUGCUAUCAUAAAACGUUAAAAUUAUCUUUAAACCACAAUUAGAACUUGAUUGAAGACGACACGAUGAAAUCUUGUGGAAAAAAAAAAUUGAGCGAGACGAUUGCGAUAACGAGAUGCGCCUGAUACCGAGGGGAAAUUAGGGGAAGAUUACCCUUCGGUCUCAGCCAAUAGUCUCCGUUUAACCCUGGGAAUCGACCACACGUAGUCUAGAUACCAAUGCUAAUUGGUAAUUUAGUUGAUGCUAGGGUGAGUUUAUGAGUAAUUAAAUAGCUGGACUUUCUAUCCCCUUGGCUUAGAGCAGAGUGUCAGUGACACUCCCUUUUUUACCUCUUUUUUACUCUUUCAAAGAAUGAAAAAUGUGAAAAAUAUAUGUAGAAAACACUUAAAGUCGUACGUGUACUAAAACAUUUCACGAAUCGAUAGAUUUCAGUAUUUCAGUGAUCUAGGGAUUUGUCACAUUUUCAGCACGCGAUUGGGAAUUUUUUUUUGAUAAUGGAUGGGACGAAUUCACGGAGAGGGGGUAGUCCAGCAUUGGGGAAGCGUUUGAACUACUCUCUGUCGUGAAUAUGAAAAAACAAAUCAAAGGACAAUUUCAUUCAAUUUUAAUAUUGAUUAAACUAAUUUUCUUGGAGAUGAUUUCUCGAGGAGACGAAUCGAGUGAAGAGUUUAUUCUGCUUUUAUAGUUGUUGAAAGUCUAAUCCGUUACUCUAAUGAUAAUUAAUGAUUAAUUAGUUGAUGCUUUGUGGGGUUGUGAAGAGGAGAAAGAUAGAGUCAUGGAGGUGCAUUAAUUGCAGCCAAUACUGCUUAUUUAAUUAAAACAAUCCUUUCAUAAUUCCUGAUGUUUUAUAAAACGAAAUGGCAUAUUUCACGGUAGAGUACCCGAUUUUUCUCUCGUAGUUAUUAAAUUCAGUUGUAAUUGAUAGUAUUUAUUAUUAAGUAUAGCAUUUCGAUAUGAAUUAUCGUAGCUUAAUUAACUCAUUAAGAUGGUAUACCUUUAUUACAUUUGACGUAUCUGUAAUGUCUUGCUAUUUGGAUUCAUUUUAAUAAAAUUAUCUUACACUGGA